AUGUCACCGACUCAAAAGGAAGUAGAUCGGGUGAAACAGGUAAAAGCCCUGGCAAUGGUAAAACGUGAUAGCGUGGUGUCAAGUAUAAAAUCGAUUCACAGUAUGGCACUAAGUGCAUCUACCGACCCUGAGAUAGCCUCACAGUUCUUAGUUGCAAUAACCGAUGUUGAGAGCCUUUGGACGCAAUUUAAACUUGAGGACGAUACGGUGUUAGAAUCGUUGGUAAAAUUAGAUGAAAGUGACAAUUACGUUGUGGGUUUACCCUCGGAGGUCCGUGGACUUAUUACUGCGUCUAGGGCGAUAGUUGAUAAGAUAACCCCGAAAGGCGCGCAGCUUAUUGACAUGUCAUUUAUUAAUCCCCAGCCGCAGGGAAUCCCGACAAAAGGUCAACCCAUGUCUAGUGGCCCGGCCAGUUCAUUCUCGCGCCUCCCAGAAAUACCGUUACCAACGUUUGACGGCGAUUUUAGGUAUUGGCCCACUUUCCGCGAUAGUUUCAAUACAGUAAUGGAACCCAGGAAAUAUUUAACCGCGGUAGAUAAAAUGUACCAUUUAAUCGGGUGUCUGCGCGGUACAGCCGCAGAUGCGGUGCGUGGGAUACCAAUUUCAUCUGACAAUUAUGAGCUAGCUUGGUCAACUCUGGAGAACAGAUUUCAUCGGCCUCGAAUGGUUGCCACGGCAUUGGUGGACAGGUUGUUAGAUUUUCCGUCGUAUACCCAGGAGUCAUUGACAGAACUGAGCAAUUUUACGUGCGUAUUUAGUGAGUGCAUGUCAUUACUGGACGGACUCAAAAUCCCGGACGUAGGCUCCUUUAUUCUAUUUACGCUCGCGUUUCGAAGGCUUCCGUUACAUACCCGCAAAUUAUUUGAAACAAAUACUACGACAGAUUUUCCGUCAAUGAAUGAUUUAUUAGAAUUUGUGAAGUCGCGUGUAGUAGUAUUAGAAGUUGUCGGGGACCAGCCGCGUAAAACUAACGCGACCAGUUCGACCACAAAGGCCGAAGUAAAACCCGGCUCGUAUGGCACUCAAUCCCGAAAGGGGGGAGAUCGGGUUCGUAAGGCGGGGCCUCCCAAUAUUACAUCUUCGUUCGUUACUACCGGCUUGAGUAAGUCAUGCCCAUGUUGUACCGAAUCUCAUGCGUUAGACUCAUGCAAGCGCAUUAAGUCGUGGUCGGUUGAGGACCGUGUGCGUUGGUUACGGGAAAAGAAAUUGUGUUUCAUAUGUUUGAGCGCUGACCACUGGGCCAAUAAAUGUAGAUCAAAGUACAGGUGCAACGAAUGUAAUCGUAGGCAUCACCACCUUAUUCAUAAAGCAUCAAGCGAUACGCGCGGCAACGAUGACGACUCGAGUUCGGACGCGCAGGUAUGCGCAUCGGCAGCGGCCCCGAUAUCGAAAUCUAAUUCAGUUGUAUUAGGUACCGCCUUAGUGCACGCACGCGAUAAGGCGGGGUCGUGGCACACCAUGCGCGCAUUAAUAGACUCGGCUUCGCAAAUUAGCGCAAUUACGGUGACGUGUGCUGACCGUCUAGGCUUAAAAUGUGCGCGGUGGACUUCCCCGGUGACUGGUUUAGGAGGCGCGCCUAUUGUUAAUGUACAAGGUCGUGUUGAAUUGUCUGUACAACCUCGUUUUGCGAUUGAACCCGUAUUAGCAAUACAUGCAUGGGUGUUACCGUCGAUUACAGCUGAUAUGCCGCGCAGUGCAUUGCCUCGUACCGUGAAGGACCGUUAUACAAAUUUAGCAUUAGCCGAUCCGUCGUUCGACGUUCCCUCUCCCGUAGAUUUGUUGUUAGGUGGGGACGUAUUUCCGUCGAUAAUGGACGGUCGAAAUGUGGUGGUAGACGACAAUCUUCCCGCAGCGUUUAGCUCAGUUUUUGGUUGGGUACUGAUUGGCCCCGUAUCUGAUGUCGAUGUACCUACCUAUCACUCAAUGCCGGUAUCCUUGACAGUAUCUAUUGAGGGGUUAAUGGAAAAAUUCUGGCACGUGGAGGAGCCGGUUACCGCACCCGAGAGUUUUACAGAUGAAGGGCGAUGUGAGUCUAUUUUCCGCGAUGAACACAUACGCCUACCGUCGGGUCGGUUCUCGGUGCCGUUACCGUUUCGUGCACCAGUAUGCGAUGACGUGUUCGCCGGGUCGCGCGACACUGCUGUACGGCGUUUUGAAUCGCUAGAGCGCAAGUUAUCGCGGGACCGUAAACUCCGGGAAUUGUAUAUUAGUUUCAUGCGCGAUUAUUUAUCAUUAGGACACAUGUCGAUUGCAACGUCGCCGGGCACGUAUUAUAUCCCGCACCACGCCGUGUAUAGGCCGGAAGUUGAUGAUAGUAAAUUACGCGUAGUGUUCGACGCGUCAGCUGCUAAUUAUCACGGACCGUCAUUAAAUAGCUGUUUAUUACCUGGGCCAAAAUUGCAACAAGAUAUUGUCGACAUUCUCACGCGAUUUCGAGUAUAUUGUCAUGCCUUUACGGCAGAUAUUGUAAAAAUGUAUCGACAAAUUUCUGUACUUCCUACUUAUCGAAAAUACCAACACAUAUUAUGGCGAGAGUCUCCACAUGAUCGAUUGUGUGACUACGAGUUACACACUGUAACAUACGGGGUGAAUUGCGCGCCGUUUCUCGCACUGCGCGUGUUGAAAUUAAUCGCGGACGAGGAUUGCGAUGAAUUUGCCUCCGUACGCGCGGCAUUGACGCACCAAACCUACGUGGACGAUAUUUGUGUUGGGGCGGAUACAGAACAGGAAGCGCUUGAACUCCAGGCAAAUUUGAUUACGGUUUUGAAAAGGUCGGGUUUAGAAUUAAAAAAGUGGUCAGCAAAUACCUCAUCAAUUUUAGACGCGAUUCCGGCUGAUAGUCGCGGCUCCGGACCGCUCUCAUUUGACAUGGUCGAUGGGUACAGCACAAAAAUGCUAGGGAUCGAGUGGCAUCCGGAUCGCGACAACUUUGGUUGUGCACUUCGUCCUGACCCCACGCCAGUGUUCACAAAAAGGGGCAUAUUGUCAUUAGUAGCGCGCAUCUUUGACCCGCUAGGUUUUUUUGCGCCCUCAACUUUCCUCGCAAAAUCUAUAAUGCAACGGACAUGGUGCCGUGGGCUAUCGUGGGACGCUCCCUUACCCGAUGAUAUCCGCAUGGACUGGGCCGCUUUCGUCGCGGAAUUGACGGCACUGAUCACUAUUGAAGUUCCCCGGUAUAUAAAUGUGCGACAAGGAUCACCGUGUUUGCUGCUGGGUUUUUGCGACGCGUCGCAGCUUGGCUACGCAGCCGUAGCGUAUGUGCGUAUUAUUGAUGCUCCGACAGAUAAUUGUAUUUUUUUACUUGGGUCAAAAACCAAAUUAGCACCAGUAAAACCGUUGACUGUGCCGCGCCUUGAGCUAAAUGCGGCGGUGCUAUUGGCCCGGUGGUUAGGUCGUUUAAAUCUCAUACUGGCGCCACAAUUAGAUAUAGUCGGUAUUCAUGCGUGGUCCGAUUCGAUGAUCGUUUUGUCGUGGUUGAACGUUCCCCACGAAUCGUUCAAGACAUAUGUGUCGAACCGCGUACAUCAGGUCCAAACUUUGAUACCUACCUGUCAGUGGCAUCAUGUUGAUUCGUUAAACAACCCCGCCGAUUGCGCGUCACGGGGUGUCAUGCCGUCAGUCGGGCCAACGUUAAUUUAUACAGAUAUGUCCGGGUGGGAACAAAUGUCGUCCCAAGUCCCCGUAGACGGGCUACCCGAACUUAAACCUGUAGUUUGCACUACUGUCGUCGACAAUGCGCGCGCCGAAUGGUUCAUUUAUUUUUCCUCGUUUGAUCGCAUGAUCAGGGUGAUAGCGCGUGUUCGCCGAUUCAUUAAUUGUUGUCGAACGGGCAGAUCCGGAGUCCGCCCGCCUGAAUAUUUAUGUAAGUCGGAGCUCGAUGACGCAACACGCGUGCUAGUACUAGUGUCGCAACGCGUUUAUUUUGCCGCGCUACGACGCGAGCUGUCGAACAGCCAACGUAUUUCGUCGAAAUCACUAUCAAAGUUAUCGCCUUUUAUCGAUGCCGACUCGGUGAUCCGGGUAGGAGGUCGGUUAAAACACUCCCUGUUAACUUACGAUUGUAAACAUCCCGUCCUGUUGGCAAAAGAAUCGUAUUUCGCCAAAUUAUUAUGCGAAAGGUGGCACAAAAUAACGUGUCAUUCGGGACCGCGAGUCAUGGCAGCUCUGAUCUCACGACAAUAUUGGGUAGUCGCGCUGAGGUCAGUGCUGCAUGGAGUAAUGUCACGUUGUACCGUGUGCGUGCGGCUGAAUGCGCAACCGGUUCAACCGUUAAUGGCUGACUUACCAGCCGCGCGAGUACAGCGGUGUAGGCCAUUCGCCCGCGUAGGUGUCGACUUCGCCGGGCCGUUGCAAAUGCGGGAUCUCGGGCUCCGAAAAGCCCGCAUGUACAAAAUCUAUAUAGCUGUGUUUGUCUGUUUUACUGUUAAGGCUGUACACCUGGAAGUAGUCUCCGACCUGUCCACCGAGGCAUUUUUGGCGGCUUUUGACCGUUUUGUCGCUCGAAGGGGUUUACCUAGUGAUAUAUAUUCGGACUGCGGCACAAAUUUCGUCGGGGCAAAUAAACAAUUGCACAACCUAAUAAAUAGUCCUGAGAAUCAAGUUGCUAUCGCAAAUUCGCGUUCUAUAGUUGAGUGGCAUUUCAACCCCCCGAGCGCUCCUCACUUCGGGGGCUUGUGGGAGGCCACCGUGCGGUCCACUAAGCGGCUAUUGGUUCGAGUUAUAGGGACUCAUGUUCUUACGUUCGAGGAGUUUACCACGGUAUUGACGCGCAUAGAGGCGGUGCUUAAUUCUAGGCCGUUAACACCUGCGUCCUCAGAUCCCCGCGAUUUGGAAUGCAUAACGCCGGGACAUUUUCUGAUAGGCCAGCCCUUAAUAGCCGUUCCUCCGAGGUCUACCCCCGAUGCCAAGCGCAAUGUCCGGGAUAGGUGGAAACUUCUGGACCAAUGCCACCAGGCGUUUUGGAGACGAUGGUCGAACGAAUAUUUGACCACUCUUCAGGAGCGGUCUAAGUGGACCCAGAAGGCUCCUAAUUUAAACGUAAAUGAUAUGGUGGUAAUUAUUGACAAUCACAGCCCCCCGCUGAUGUGGCGGCUGGGCCGGGUCAUGGAGGUAACCCCAGGGGCUGACGGCAUUGUCCGUGUUGCGCGGGUACUGACCAGCACAGGGUAUAUAACACGACCUGUUGUUAAACUGGUAUUACUAUCUGUUGAAUGA